AUGACAGCCCUCCACAAUUCCGUCGAAUGGUAUAAAGAUCAGGUAGUCUUCCUAACGGGAGCGACCGGGAAUCUGGGAGGAUGUCUGCUAUACAAGCUGGCCGUUCAACUGCCAACGAAAAAGAUAUAUGUUUUGUGUCGCGGCGGAAUGCGUGAUGCAAUAAACAAAUGGGAAGCCUCCAUGCCGGAACAGAUCGAUGACAUCCUUGAUACUGGAAAGAUCCAAUGUCUCGUGGGAGAUAUUACCCGCCCUAGUCUAGGGUUGGGCACAGCAGAGCUAGAAGCACUGCAGAAAGAAGUCACCGUGGUGAUUCAUUCGGCCGCAAACUUUUCACUCUUUCAGGAUCUACCCGAGUCUAUCAGGGAUAACUGUGUGCCCGUUGUCGAUCUUGCUCGCUUGUCAAUUUCUUUCCAGAAACUGAAAGCCUUUUUGCAUAUCUCAACUAUCUCGAGUAAGAGUUUCUUGCCUGGUGGGACAGUAUUAGAGGAUGCCGAAAAUCUGUCACCCGAUGAAGACCCCCCGGAAAAACAACUCGAGGAGGUUCUGAGCACUGGGAAGUCCCCAUACACGAAACAAUUCAUCGCCCCUUAUGGGCAGUCGAAGUAUCUGGCUGAGCAGAUAUUAUUAAGCCUUGAUACGCCUUUUCCAGUAUUGAUCGUUCGUCCAACGAAUAUCGGACCGGCUAUCAAGGACCCUUGUCCAUUUUAUGGGCCGGACGGUGCAAUCCCUCUACACACUUUCUUCGAACUUCUAUUCGAAGCGAGCGAACGUCGGAAGUUUGAGGAUCUGGCUACAUUGCCUCAAGAUAUCAUCGUCGACGAGAUUCCGGUCGAUAUCGUCGCAAAUGUCUGUCUACUUCAUCUGGCAAUUGGCACAAUCGGAAUCGUGCAGGCUGGCUCUCAGCUAUAUGUACCUGUGACUUUUGGUGAAUACAUGAAUCAGAUUCAGAAAUAUGCGCCUCCUUCACUGGUCGAGAAGGCUGGUAGGAUCCGAGUGGAGAAAAAUGUUCAUUUUGCAAACCAGGCAAAUGAUAUGAUUCAGCAUAUAUGCCGGGAUUGGCAGAUCGAUUGCGAGCGAUCGAAGCCUUUCAAGUCUAUGGAGGGACCUAUCGGUCUGGCCCUUCCGGGGCAUGACUUUGAGGUUUUCUUUCAGCGGAGGAUUGCAAAGCGGGCGCGAAAUGUGGAGAAGUGGAUUGAUAGCCUGAAGCAGACGUGA